AUGCACGCGGCUGAAUCUCAUACGUGUGAACAUCUAACUACAGAUCAAUUCAGAGAACUAGAUGGUAAGGACAAGCCUAAAAAUGGAUGUACUAUGCAGUACAGAUGCCAAUUUUGCACGCUGAUCUUUGGAUCAGCACUCGAAGCUGAGCAGCAUAUACAAGAAGCGACCUGUACAUACCUGCAAUUCUGUGAAUCUUGUCAAGAAUUCUGUGAUACAAACCACAAAUACUGUCAAGGAACACUAUUGUUUUGCGUGAGCUGUAGAAGUACAUUGAAAUAUGAUUUAAUCGCUCAGCAUCAAUGCUUCCACACGCUAACCAAAAAUCAACAAGAAAAAAACGCUGCACAAGUGACGAAUGAUGCUACCUUUAUCGUAGUUUGCGAACUGUGUGGCAAAGCGAUGCCAGUAUCGUUCAGGAAAACUCAUCACAAAAGGAACCAUCCUAAAAAAAUGUUACACACCUGUCCAUAUUGCCAAAAGACCUUUUCUGGCUCAAAAGAUGUCAAAAAGCACAAGCGUUUAUUCCACGAACAAUUCUUGUGCCAUGUUUGCGGCAAACAAAUGCUGUCGGACGAAACGCAACUUCACGUAGACAGCCAUGAGAACGUCAAAAGGUACAAGUGUUCGAUAUGUGAUAAGUUCUUCACAUUCAGAGACAGUCUUCGGAAGCAUAUUGUUAUCCAUUCGAACGAAGCAAAGUUUAUCUGCAGCACUUGUGGCAAGCAUUUCAAGCGAAGAGAUAAUCUGGUGGUCCAUAUGAGGAGUCAUGCCGAGAUUAAGCCUUUCCAGUGUAUGAUUUGCGGAAAAACGUUCACUACUAAGCAGUCGAGGGACAAUCACAUGAAGUCUCACAAGGGAGAUACUAUGACCAACUAG